UCCUAAAGCAGCGCCACUAGACAGGCAAGUCAGCAACGCCUCGUUGCCAUCGUCAUGGCGUCUCGUCCGGCUCUCCUUCUGGUCCUCCUCACCGUCGCCGCGUGCUUGCUCUCGUCGCUCCACCCCUCGGCCGCCCAGACGGAGCCAUUCCUCGUGACAAAGGCGCGCAGCACGCGCGCUUAUGCGACCAACUGCACCAACGACUCGGUCAAGGCCAACGCCACGGCGGCGCAGAGGGCGCAGGAGCUCCUCGCCGCCAACGCCACUCUCGCCGCCGCGAUCGCCGCCUACAACGACGCCGUCCCGCUCGUGAACCGCCUCAAGGUCGUCCUCGCGAACAAGAUCGCCGUGCAGACCGAUGUGAACGCGAAGCUUCAGAACCUGCCCGGGGAAAUUGAGGAUCAUACGGCGCGGCUGGAGCGGUUGGUUGCGGAGAACGUGGACGACGCGUCGAUGAAGCAGGCCGUGUCGGACGUGCAGCGACGCGUGACGAUGACGGCGCAGCUGAUCGACGACCAGCAGGCCGCCAUUGCCAGCUUUAACUUCGAGGUCACCAAGGCGACAAAGCGCGCCGCGGAUCCGAGCCUCGCGGGCACAGAUCUGGCUGCUGCGAAGGCGGCUGUGCAGGACGCCAUUGUGGCGAAAACCGAGGCGGAGACGAUUCUCCAGGAUAUGAUCAAGCAGGCGGCGAGGACGCAAAAUCUCCUUGCUAAGAAGCAGGAGGCUCUUAAACAGCCCAGUAACGUUCAGGCGGACAUUGACGAGCAGAGGCAGAUGGUUGAGGAGGCGAAGGCUGAUUUGGCAGCUGCAGUUGCUGCUCAGGAUGAUGUCAAUGCUGCAGUGGUUCAGGCUCAGGCGGAUCUGAACUAUGCGACUGCGUCGAUUCCGGCUAAGUCGGCGAAUGUGAGCAACGCUAAGAUCCUGCUGAGCAAGGCGACAACUUACAAGGUUAGCGCGGACAGUAGCGCAAAUCUUAUGGCUUCACGUGCCUAUAAUGCCACUAUCGCUGCCCAGCAAGCUGAGGCGGCUGCGAAGGCUGCAGGUUACACAUGGGUAUGGUAAGUCGUGGGUUAUUAAUUGUUGCAAACU